UGGUGUGUCUCCAUGACAACACCAGUGGAGGAGCGUGUCUGUGUUCAGCGCUACAGAGCGCUGUUUGUCAGUCAUGUCGUUUAAAGUCCAGGCGCGAUGGAGUCGAGCUAGCAAGCUAACAUUAGCCCAGAGAUGCUAAAAACAAGCGCUAAAGAAAAGGAUGGCAGAAACCGGUGAUGGUAAAAAAGAGGACGCAGACUACAAAAGACUGCAAAGCUUUCCGCUCAUCAGGCACACAGAUAUGCCAGAGGAGAUGCGCGUGGAGACUAUGGAGCUUUGUGUCACAGCCUGUGAGAAAUUUGCCUCCAACAAUGAGAGUGCCGCCAAGAUGAUCAAGGAGUCCAUGGAUAAGAAGUUUGGCAGUUCGUGGCAUGUGGUGAUCGGUGAGGGGUUUGGAUUCGAGGUGAGCCAUGAAGUCAGGAACCUGCUCUACAUGUUCUUUGGGGGAAGUCUGGCCGUGUGUGUUUGGAAAUGCUCCUGAUGUCGCUUCCUGCCCACACAGACGCCACUGUGAGAUAUUUACACUCAUGGAUCUGUCCUAACUAUGCAGCCCUAUUUGACUUGAGACAUUUGUGUGUGUAUGCAAAUGUGUGAAAUUGGAGGGGGAAAAAUGAUACAGAUUCUUGUGCACUUCUCCAGAUCACUCUUCCUAUCUUAUGUUUUAAUGUAUAGGCUUCAAUUUUAAGCCAAAAACACAGAUUUUAAGGAGUUUGAUUAACUUUUUUACAUUUUUUUUUAUUCAACCUAUGGAGUUUAUUGCAACUGACUACAGAACCUAUUUAAGAAAAUGUUUCAGCUUUGUCCUCUUCCUGUGCUAUUUACUUUAUUAAAACAUGUUGGUCUUAUUGUGUGCAAUCCAUUAUAGCACGUUAUUCCAAAGAAAACUUUUGCCUUUGUAAUCUUUCAUCAAAAUGUAUUAACUUGCCCCUACUCUCAAAUGACUUUAAUUUUUAGUCCAUCAUAUUUUCAAUUCUCUCCCAUUCAAACAUCUGUCACCAUUCUUCAUAAAUAAACAAUGAAUGAAUGAAUUCUGGUAUGCAACACCCACUUUAAUGGCCAAUCAGUUCCAAGUGGAUAAAAGUGUUAGUCCUACCCUUUUUUUUAGCUGAAUGUUAUUUUUCAUUCAGAAAUGAAUCGUAUUACAGAGGUAAAAUUGGUUGAGAAGCCUGUUUCACGUUAAAGUUUACAUGGUUUACAUUAUUAAAAAAAAAAAAUCUUUUUUAAUCCAUGAUCUUGCUCUUCAUUGGAGACAGCUUUCCCUUUCUGUUAACAUCACUGGCUAUGUGUGAUAUUGAAUAAUGUUUACUAAUAGCCAAAUAGCUAUUUAGUCAUAGUUUUAGCAAUAUUGCUUUUGGCUUGGCACGCUCAUCCAUCCAUCCCCCUACAGUUAAAGGGAUACUCCACCCCAAAAUGAAAA